AUGUCUUAUAAAGAGAUUAUUAAAAUAGAAAACAUGUCUUAUAAAGAGACCUUAUUACAAAAAGAAAACGAAUAUUUACAUAAAAAAAUAAAAGAAGAAUUAGACACAUGGAGAAAGAACAACUUUGAAUCUGCCAAGCAUACAGUUAUUUCGAUUGUUGUUUCUUCAUUUGCUCUUUUAUUUGGUGUUUUUCUUUUCAUUUUUGAGAAAACUACUUUUGCGAAAGAAAUCAAGAAUGUUAUUUCUACUUCUGUAAUCGGAACGGGAGGUUCAGUGACUCUUCUUGGAAGUUUGGCAAGUCUUAAAAGUCUCUUUAAAGAAGCUGAUCAGGAUGCAGCAGAAUAUCAGAAUAUUCUGGAGACGCUUAAAAAAACUGAAACUGAAACUCAAGGAGAAAGUGUCGUUAACACAGAAUAUGUAGACAAAUUACAAGAACGUUAUGCGGAUCAAAAACGUAUAUUUAAGUUUUUAGAAGGACUAAAUAGGCAUAUGAAAUUUAUGUCGAUUUGUCGUAGCGUAAUUGUUACUGUCGCAUCAUUAGUUGUCCUCAUGUUGGCAUUAGUUUCGGUUUUUUAUUUAAUUCUUAGUGAUGAUGAAUUUAUAUUCCAAAUACUCGACAUUUUACUUAUUUUAUGUUCAACGCUCAUCUUAUAUUAUUCCAUUUGUGUUAUGAUUUUAAUUCAACUCAUUAUUCCAUUCUCGACAGAGGAAAUGCUUACUAAAUUGUCGCCAACAGAAGGAGAGGCAGAACAGAAUGUUUCAACAAAUGAAAAAAAAUUUGGGGAAUAUGAUCCAGAAGUUGAUUUAAAAGAACUUUUUAGAUUUUUUUUUCAUAAAAUUACAAACGAAAGAAAUUGGCUUUUAAAACUAAUUAAAGUUAUAGAAUUGAUUAUAUUUGUUUUAUUUAUGGGUUGUUUUUUUGUGCUUGGUUUAAUGUCAUUAAAGUUGGAAUUAAGAAGAAUUACUAUUGGAAGUAGUGAAUUAGAAGGAAUCAAUCGUGUUCUUUAUGGAUUACCAUUAAAAGAGUCACCGAUAGAAUAA